UGUGUCACCGAUACCGAAAGGCCCAAAAAAAUAAAAAUAAUAAUAAAAAUAAAACGACAAAAACAUCACACCUAAGGUCAGAGUUUUCUGGGAUUUGUAAUUUUCAAUUGUUGUUGUGUUGUGAGCUUCUCAUUCUGCAAACCUGCAAACAAAUGGGAGACUCGGCGAGUCUUAUGCAUGGCUUCUCUUAUGCUUCUGCCAUACCCAAUGAAGCCAGACAGAUGGGCUAUGAAUUACAGGGGAACCCGAUGCACGCUCUUGGGGAGUCAAUUUCAUUUGGGAGGUUUAUGUCGGAAUCUUUGUCUUGGGAAAAAUGGUCCUCCUUUUCAUCCCACAAGCGUUACGUUGAAGAGGCCGAAAGGUAUUCGCAGCCGGGAUCUGUGGCGCAGAAGAAGGCUUUUUUUGAAGCUCAUUACAAGAGAAUUGCUGCUCAAAAAGCAGCAGCAGCAGCUUUAGUUGAUCAAGAAAAUGCCUCCAAUAAUGUUAUAGAUAGUGGGGAUCAUGCUAAUGAUUUGCAAGCAGCCGAUGAACGAGGGGACGAGGUUAAUGCCGGUGAACACGGUGCCAUUGCUGAAUCAAAUGAAGUAGAAACUGGGAAAGAUGGUGUAAUUGAGGCCUCAGGGGAGACUCCGGUGAGGGAAAAUUCGUCGAACAAGGUUUAUAAUGUUGAGAACAAAGAUUCAGCUUCUGGCUCAGAGACUAGUGGAACACCCCAGAUGGAGAAACCUCUGUUGAAGAAUUCCGACCAACAAGAAGAUAAUCCAUCAGUGACAAGCAAGAAAAGAUCAGCUCUUUCUUCAUUCAAGUCAUCUAUUCACCGUAAGACGUCUAAAGUUCCGUAUACACCUGCCAAGCCAAUUACUCCUCAUUUCGAGACAGAACAUAUUGUCACAAGGAAGUCUAAUGUGGACUCUAUGGAUAAAAACAAGUCCUCUCAGAAAUCUCUACGUGCAUUGAUUAAUAUAGUUCCUGCUAAAGAACCAGAUAAAGUCUCAAUUCCUUCGAACGAAAGAACUGAAAGUUCAGGUGUUCCCCCAAUUCCACCCAAGACAAAAAAAGAUUGUGCGACUCCUCUGAAGACUCCGAUUGGGGCGGCUAAAUAUGGUUUGUUAAAGUAUAAUGCAGCAACUCCUCGAUCCGAAGAUAGAAGUUUCAGGAACAAAGCACCAAUCAAUCCCUCAGCUUUAGGAAGCAAAACAAGCGGCCCCAAAUGGCAUAUUUUAUCGGCAGUUUGCCCCAAGUCAUUUACUACCUACCGGAACAAAUUACAAUCACCAACUUUAUCCACUCCAUUUAUUCUGAGGACGGAAGAAAGAGCUGCCAGAAGAAAACAGAAACUUGAGGAGAAAUUCAAUGCUAAGGAGGCACCAAAGAUGCAACUACAAACGAAACUAAGGGAGAAAGCAGGAAAUGAAUUUAGAAAAUUGCGUCAAAGCUUUUGCUUCAAAGCUCGUCCGCUACCUGAUUUUUACAAGGAACGAGAAAUACCAAAAAAUCAGAUGAAAAAGAGUUCACAAUCCCAGCCGGAGCCACUGGGGAAAACAUAUUCAAGCAAGAAGCAAGGCAUUGUCUCAAUGCCGCCACCUCCUCCCCCUCCAACAUUUUUGACAAAGAAGAAUGGUACUUCCAAGAAUGUAUCAUCGAAAAAGAAAAUUGUAAUCCCCGGCGAUUUUCUUACAUCAAAACCAGAAAGGAUCAAUCAUGAAAACAGAACCCCAAAUAUUCAGCCAUGAUGAAAACGUGUGCAUGUUUUCUUUGUAUCUUCCUGGGGAAUCAUUCACAAUUAUGCAUUGUCGUCUGUGGAGGAACUCCUAACUUUUGGAAUCACAAGUAAUUCGAUAGUUGUAGAGUUCCAUUUGGGCUAAGGAAGGAUUAUUGCUACAUGUUUCAUUGUACACAAAUUUAUGAUAAAAUGAUAAGCUCAUGAAAUAGUAUUUUCUUCAUUAAGGGUAGUUAGAUGCAUAGAAGUGAACAAGAAUAGACUAUACAAUAGUCAAAAUUUUAGUUGAAUUUUCUUCU